UCAUUGCGCGAGUCGUGGGUGAGAUGUACGCGGGCCGGUUUUUUCUAAGUGGGCUUCGAACACCCUUGGGUUCCAUGGCUCAGAGCUUACUCGAGGGCGCAUCUUCCUCCAGGGGCCUGCACGCGGGACGCGGGCCCCGAAGGCUGUCCAUCGAAGGCAACAUUGCUGUGGGAAAGUCCACCUUUGUGAAGUUACUCACGAAAACUCACCCAGAGUGGCACGUAGCGACAGAACCUGUAGCAACAUGGCAGAAUAUCCAGGCUACUGGCACCCAAAAUGCUUGCACUACCCAAAGUCUUGGAAACUUGCUGGAUAUGAUGUACCAGGAGCCAGCACGAUGGUCCUACACAUUCCAGACAUUUUCCUUUAUGAGUCGCCUGAAAGUACAGCUGGAGCCCUUCACUGAGAAGCUCUUAAAGGCUGAGAAGCCGGUACAGAUCUUUGAGAGGUCUGUGUACAGUGACAGGUAUAUCUUUGCAAAGAAUCUUUUUGAAAAUGGUUCCCUCAGUGACAUCGAAUGGCAUAUCUAUCAGGACUGGCAUUCUUUUCUCCUGCGGGAGUUUGCCAGCCGGCUCACAUUACAUGGCUUCAUCUACCUCCAGGCUACUCCCCAGAUUUGUUUGAAGAGACUGUACCGGAGGGCCAGGGAGGAAGAGAAAGGAAUCGAGCUGGCUUAUCUCAAGCAGCUUCAUGGUCAACACGAAGCCUGGUUUGUUGACAAGACAACUAAGCUCCACUUUGAGGAUCUGUUGAACAUUCCAGUGCUGGUGUUGGAUGUCAAUGAUGACUUUUCUGAAGUAACCAAACAAGAAGAACUUAUUAGAAAGGUAAACACCUUUGUAAGGAAUCUGUAACCAGUACCAUGAUGUUCUUGCUGUGGUCUGGGCUCUCUAACUUUCUGAAGCUAGAAAAAUGUUGGGCAUCCCAGCCGCCUUUCCAUCCCCAUCCCCUACUACCCCUAAAGCAUUCUGACACUCGGGUAUGGUUUGUGUUAUCUUUAGAUUUUGCCGGUCUUUUUUUAAUAU